AUGAACAACGCAGUGUUCCAACCAAAAAACAAGUCACCAGCGUCAUGUCGUGGCAUCAUCAUCAUCAUCAUCGACAGCAUGACAUCAGUGUUCAACACCGAUGCUUCACUGCCGUACAACCAUGACUUAUUUGAAAGCCUUAUUAAUUGCGGAUUAUCUCGGAGUAUGCAAAACGUGAAAAAGUCAGCCGAUGCGCAGUUCCUCAAGACGGAGAACAACGACCACAUUGAUGGGAAGGAUGAGUAG